AUGGAUGGCCUCAAGCGCUGCCAAGUGGCGCUGUGGUGCGGGGUCGUGCUGGAUUACACCUUCGACGAAGAAUUUCUGGUGCGCCCUCUCAAAGAUGGUCGAGUGUUGGUGCACUGGCAGUUCGUCACACGAUGGCACCCCGAAGCUGGCCAAAUCGCGGACCGAGCAAAGCAUUUCGGUCUGUUCCCCAAGACGCUCGGUCAGAUCGUCCAGAGGUUUUCUGUACAAAGCGGCGCUUCUUCAUCCAUGGCGACCAACAAGACCGACCUCCUGCUUGUGCUGUCCGCUAGGGUCGCUGGGACUACGCACAAUGGGGUCGGCCAUUGCUGCCCGCGCCAGUGGGCGCUGAGCUGUGGUCCUGGCUUCAGCCUUCUGCUGAACGAGAGUAUGUCCUCUCUUGUGUGGAAAGGCCUCACGCACGCCCUAUCGGGACUCAUGUGCGGUUCUCUCAACCUGAUCGACACCAAGAGCACUUGCCAGCCCAACGCCUUCUUCCGUCCCUCUUCUCCCGCCACCGCCGACCAAGGCACUCACCCUCCUCCUUCACCACAACUGUAG